UUACACAGUGUUUCCUGUUUCACAACGUUGUUGUAUUAUUUUAAAGAGUUUUAUUGUUAUAUUUUGUAAACGGUCUGAUAUUAACAGUUUAUUCGUUUAGUGAUUUAUUAUUAAACAGAAAGUUUGGCUAAGUAUAGAAUAGAAACAGAAAGAGUAAAUUUUGUUGUGUCAGGUGACAAUAGUGAAAUUAAUAAAAUUACUGUUUAGCUGAGGAUAAAAGCAAAAAGAAGAUGCAAGAUGGCGGUUAACCUGUUGACUGCCGCGGUCCUGCUCGCUGCAGCUCCGCUCAUCACUGCACAAGAUGCUGCCACUGCUGGCCAUGAUUGCUCGUACAUGCAAGCGAUUCCGCGGCCGGAACGGCCCAGCGACUGGCCAACGUUCAACUUUGAUGGUCUGAACUGGGCGACGCGGCCGCUGCUGCCCGCCCCGGAGCGCCUGGACCUGUGCAUGGACCAGUACUACCCGCAGUCCGCCACCUCGGGCGUCCAGCUCAUCUUCAUGGACGAGGACGUCGACGGAGAUAUCCCCAUCGCCAAACUCAACUAUCAAGGCACUGCGGCGCCGGUGAUGCACUUCUCCUCGGGUCGCAACGCGCAGCUCGGGGCCGUCAUACGACAGAACGAUGCUGGAGAGUGGUACAUCUACGUCACACAGAGCCAAGAUUUCGAGGAAGGCCAUAUCUACUACUUGUUCGAGAUCUCCGUGGAAGGCGAGAACCUGGUGGCCAGCGUGUCGCUCACCAUCGUCAACAUCGACAACAAGCCGCCGAGGAUUGAGGCCUUCGACGCUUGCCAAGUCGAUGAACUCGGCGAGGCGCGGCUGACGGAGUGCGUGUACAACGUGCACGACCCCGACGGCCAGAUCAGCACCAGCGUGAUGGCGUUCGAGAUCGUCAGCGACCGCGGCGACGAGGACAUCUUCCACAUCCAGGGCCACGUGGACAGCAGCGACUGGUUCACCAUGACCAUGACCAUCGGCAUCAAACAGCCGCUCGACUUCGAGGCCAAUGCGCUGCAUAUUUUCUCAGUUAAAGCUUUGGAUUCCGUGCCAAACAUAGGCCCUGCGUCGGAAGCGUCGAUCAUGGUGCAAGUGCAGAACGUGGAGCACAGGCCUCCGCGCUGGGUGGUGGUGUUCGCCGUGCAGCAGUUCGACGAGAAGACGGCGCAGCAGUUCCCCGUGCGCGCUAUCGACGGCGACAUCGCCAUCAACAAGCCCAUCCACUACGACAUCAUCACCGAGGAGGGAGACGACUUCUUCUCGAUAACGACGCUGGAGGGCGGGCGCGACGGCGGCGUCCUGCACGUGGCGCCCAUCGACCGCGACGCGCUGCAGCGCGAGGUGUUCCGCCUCACGCUGGUCGCUUACAAGUAUGACAACAGGACCUUCGCAACGGAAGCGAACGUGGUGAUAAUCGUGAACGACAUCAACGACCAGUUCCCGGAGCCGCUGCAGGAGGAGUACCGGCUCAGCAUCCCCGAGGAGACGCCGCUCACGCUCAACUUCGGCGACCAGCUGUUCGGCUUCCAUGACCGGGACCUGGGUGAAAACGCCCAAUACGACGUGCGGCUGGUGAGCGUGCGCCCCGAGAACGUGGCCGCAGCCUUCUACGUGGCGCCCGAGGUGGGCUACCAGCAGCAGACCUUCAUCAUGGGCACCGUGAACCACGCCAUGCUGGACUACGAGGUGCCGGAGUUCCAGCACAUUGAGAUCCAAGUCGUCGCAACGGACAGGAUGAACACGUCGAUGCAGGGCAUCGCCACGGUCUACAUCGACCUGAUCAACUGGAACGACGAGGAGCCCAUCUUCGAGGCGGAGGCCCACAGCGUGAGCUUCGAGGAGACGGUCGGCGCCGGCUUCCACGUGGCCACCGUCAGGGCUAACGACCGGGACAUAGGGGACAGGGUCGAGCACUCCCUGAUGGGAAACGCUGCAGAGUUCCUGCGCAUCGACGAGACGACGGGCGACAUCGUCGUGUCCGUGGACGAAGCCUUCGACUACCACCGCCAGAACGAGUUCUUCAUUCAGAUACGAGCUGUGGAUACUCUCGGCGAGGGCCCCUACCACACGGAGACCAACACGCUGACCAUCAACGUGCUGGACAUCAACAACACGCCGCCGAGCCUGCGGCUGCCCCGCGGCAGUCCCCAGGUGGAGGAGAACGUGCCGGAAGGCUACGUGAUCACGACGAGCAUCACGGCCACGGACCCCGACACCACGGCCUACCUGCGCUUCCACAUCGACUGGGACACCUCCUACGCCACCAAGCAGGGCCGGGAGACGCCUGCCGUCGAGUUCCACAACUGCGUGGAGAUGAUCACAGUGCACAACGAGGGCAACACUGGGUCAGCGAACGGGCACCUCCUCGUCAAGGAGAUCCGGGACGGCGUCACCAUCGACUUCGAGGAGUUCGAGGUGCUGUACCUCACUGUGCGGGUUGUGGACGAGAAUACAGUCAUCGGGGACGACUCGGAUGAGAUGACGUUCACCAUAAUAAUCAUCGACAUGAACGACAACUGGCCGAUCUGGUCGGCGGGCACGCUGGAGCAGCGGUUCCUGGUGCGCGAGAACGCCACCAGCGGCGUCGUCGUGGGCUCCGUGCUCGCCACCGACAUCGACGGCCCGCUCUACAACCAAGUGCGAUACUUUAUCCAACCGAUCCGUGACACUCCGGAAGACCUGAUGCACAUAGACUUCCGCACAGGCCAGCUGACAGUCGGGCUGAACCACGCCAUCGACGCCGACAUCCCGCCGCGCGAGCACCUGUACUACACCGUCACCGCCAGCGACCGCUGCUUCGAGGAGGACCCGGCGGACUGCCCCGACGACCCCACCUACUGGGAGACGCCCGGAGAAAUCUCGAUCUACAUCACGGACACCAACAACAAGGAGCCGCGGCCCGACUACACGCAGUUCCAGGUCGAGGUGGAGAUCUACGAGGACGCCGCCGAGGGCAGCGAGGUGGUGCAGCUGGUGGCCACGGACCAGGACCGAGAGGCGAUGUACCACACGGUCCGGUACCAGAUCAACUACGUGAUCGACCCGGACCUGCGGAGGUUCUUCGCCGUGGAGCAGGACACCGGCCGCGUGUACAUCGACUUCACUACCGACGCUGUCUUGGACAGGGACGGUGAGGAGCCCACACACAGGAUUUUCAUCAAUCUGAUAGACAACCUUUAUUCUGAAGGAGAGGGCGCCAGCAACACCGUGGCCAUCGAGGUGCUGGUGAUCCUGCUGGACGUGAACGACAACGCGCCCGAGCUGCCCUCGCCCGACCUGAGGAGCUGGCCCGUCUCCGAGGGACUCACUCAGGGCGUGCGGCUGUCCCCCGACAUCCACGCGCACGACCGCGACCAGCCGUUCACGGACAACUCGCGCGUGGCGUACGAGGUGGUCGGCCACCGCGCGCUCGACCGCGACGUCUCCGUCCCGGACCUCUUCACCAUCGUCACCGUGCCCAACGAGGAGCUCUGGGAGUUCCGGGGCGAGCUGGAGACCGCCAUGGACUUGAGGGGCUACUGGGGCACCUAUGAGAUACGUAUUCGGGCGUACGACCACGGCGACCCGAUGCUGGACUCCUUCGAGUGGUACCAGGUGUCCAUCGCGCCCUACAACUUCCAUGCGCCCGAGUUCGUGUUCCCGCUCACAGGGACUACUGUGCGGCUUUCAAAGGAGCGGUCAGCGAACGGUCCGCUGGUGACGGUGGCGGACGCGUUCCUGGAGAGCCUGCACGCGACCGACGAGGACGGCCUGCACGCCGGCGAGGUGGACUUCUCCGUCGUCGGCAACGCUGAUGCCAUACAAUAUUUCGAGAUCGAUAAUCUCGGAGACAACAGAGGCGAGCUGAGGCUGGCGCGCACCUUCGAUGAAGAUGUCAGGGAGUUCCAAGUGACGAUCAGAGCCACGGACCGCGGCACGGAGCCCGGCCCGCGCUCCACCGACACCCUCCUCACCGUGGUGUUCGUGCCCUCGCUGGCAGACCCCACCUUCGCUAACGACGCCUUCACUGUAGCAUUCAUGGAGCAACAAGUGAAUGAAGCACAGCAACUUCCGCUGGCUGAGGACUUGAAGAACUACCGUUGCGAGGUGGACGCCUGCUACUCCAUCUACUACAGAAUUGUUGAUGGCAACAGUGAAGGUCACUUCGAGCUGGAAGCGUCGACCAACGCGCUGAGGGUCGUGCGAGCGCUGGACCGAGAAGUGGCCUCGUCGCACCAGCUGGUGGUGGCCGCCACCAACUCGCCCACCGCCACCCCCACCCAGGGCUCGCUGCUCACCGUCACCGUUCUGGUCCGAGAAUCGAAUCCUCGGCCGACCUUCGUAAGGAGUCUCUACACCGCCGGCAUCUCAACCCUGGACACCAUCGGCAGAGAGCUGCUGACCGUGCAGGCUACCCACUCCGAGAAUGCUCUCCUGACUUACGAGAUCGACUCAGACAGCAUGCAGGUGGACAGCAGCCUGGAGACGGUGCGCCAGCACGCCUUCCAGCUGCACCCGCAGACCGGCGUGCUGACGCUGCAGAUCCAGCCCACCGCCAACAUGCACGGCAUGUUCGAGUUCGACGUCGUGGCCGCGGACCCCGCUGGAGAGACCGACAGGGCGGAGGUGAAGGUGUACCUGAUCUCGUCCCGGAACCGCGUCUCCUUCAUAUUCGUCAACACGGUCGAAGAGAUUGAAGCCAACAGAGACUUCAUUGCGGAGACGUUCUCGACGGCGUUCGAGAUGACGUGCAACAUCGACCAGGUGACGCCGAACACAGACGACAGCGGCGUGGCGCUCGCCGACCAGACCGACGUGCGCGCGCACCUCAUCCGCGGCGACAUCCCCGUGCCCGCCGAGGAGAUCGAGCUCAUCCGCGCGGACACGCAGCUGCUGUUCACGGUGCAGAUCGCGCUGCGCACGCGCCAGCUGCAGCUGCUGGACUUCGUGACGGAGCUGAGCCCCGACGCGGGCGCGGACGCCAGCCUCCUCACCAUCUACGUGCUCGCCGCGCUCUCCGCCGUGCUCGGCUUCCUCUGCCUGCUGCUGCUGAUCACCUUCAUCAUCAGGACCAGGACACUAAACCGUCGCCUGGAGGCGCUGUCGAUGACGAAGUACGGCUCCGUGGACUCGGGCCUGAACCGCGCCGGGCUCGCGGCGCCCGGCACCAACAAGUACGCCACGGAGGGCGCCAAUCCCAUCUGGAACGAGACCUUCAAGGCCCCAGACUUUGACGCUAUCAGUGACGCGUCGGGCGACUCGGACCUGAUCGGCAUCGAGGACCUGCCGCAGUUCCGCAGCGACUUCCUCCCGCCCGCGGACGCCAGCUCGCAGCAAGGCUUCAGUGAUCCGGCGGGUGUGCACCGGGACCUGCCCACCCACAGCAACAACUUCGGCUUCUACUCCAGCCCCUUCAGCCAGGACUUCGCCGAGCGCCAGUUCCGGAGGAACUGACGCCGUCACCAGCUCACCUAGUGGAAUUGUUAGGAAAAUGUUCAAUAGUAAUCCUUCAAAAAAUGAUUCUUAAGCUACAAGUGCGUAAGGACCCUUCUCUGUUGAAGAGCUAUAAUUAUAUAUUUUAUUCUGGAAAGACAAAAUGGUACUUACGCAGUUACAUCCAUCCACACUGCCGAACGCGCAAUCAUUCUCGAUAGAUCCAGUCUUUAGAUCUAAAAUGGUUCUAACGAAACUUAUUUUUCUUCAUAAAACCAAAUGUUUUUUUUGUUUUUGUACAUUUUACGAAUGGGCGCACUUUCAUUUGAUACCUACUUAAUUAACUAUGUAUCUAAUUUGUUUGCAAUGAAGGUAAAUAAUAUUAUAAUGUUAUGUAUGUAUAUUUGUACAAAGUUGUGAUAGUAAUAAGCUAAUACUUAAGAGUAAUAUGUAAAUAAAUAUGAUUUUUUAGUUUCA